AUGGCUUCGCACAGUGAUACUCUGGUGGUGUUCUUUGGGGCAACAGCUGGUGCAAAUGGGGGUAAACUGGGUUCGGAUGAGAGGGAAAUAAUUCUCUUGGUGUGGCAAAUUGUGGACCUACAUGAGAAAAAGGUCGGAAAGCUUCACAGGUGUCUAGUCAAGCCGGACACUUUGGAGCUGACGGACCAGUGUAAAGAAGACACCGGUCUGAACUUGGACGACAUCCUCAACGCAGAGCCUCUGGACAACGUCCUGCAACAGUUCCAGCAGUCCGUGUUGUCGGAGCUGAAGUCUCUCGAUAGGAUCUCCUACACCCUCUGUGUCGAUGGUCCCCUCAUCAUUCGACAGGCCUUCCACCCCGAGGCCUCCAAAAAGAACCUCAUCCUCCCAGAGUGUUUCUUUUCAUUUGUGGACUUGAGAAAAGAGUUUCACAAAUGCUGCCCCAACACGGGCCCUGUGCAGGACCUCGCACUGUCCUCCAUGUUGGAGCACGUGUGUCUUCCUCCGAUGUCGGAGAAGGUGAUGGGGGUGCGGGAGGUGAUGAGCAUGGUUCAGCUUACACUCCACCUUCUGGCUGAACCCUAUAAUCACAAAUUCCCCUGCGUUGAAACAGUGAAGUACAAGUUUGAAUCCGGUGCAUGCAGCAAGACGGAGCCAGUGGACAGUGAAACUGUGAUCAGAGCACGGGGCCUACCAUGGCAGUCCUCAGACCAGGAUAUCGCCCGCUUCUUCAAAGGCCUCAACAUUGCCAAGGGUGGCGUGGCUCUCUGUCUGAACGCCCAGGGCAGGCGAAACGGCGAGGCCCUUGUUCGUUUCAUCAACCAGGAGCACCGAGACAUGGCCAUGGAGCGCCACAAGCACCACAUGGGCAGCCGCUACAUCGAGGUCUACAAGGCCACAGGGGAGGAAUUCCUCAAGAUUGCUGGAGGUACAUCCAAUGAGGUGGCCCAGUUCCUCUCUAAAGAGAACCAGGUGAUUAUCCGAAUGCGGGGGCUGCCCUUCACCGCCUCGUCGCAGGAUGUACGGGCCUUCCUGGGCUCUGAGAGCCCCAUCACAGACGGUGCUGAGGGACUUCUCUUUGUCAAGUACCCCGAUGGCCGGCCCACGGGCGACGCCUUUGUGCUGUUUUCCUGUGAAGAGUAUGCCCAGAACGCCCUGAAGAAACAUAAGCAGAUCCUAGGAAAGCGCUAUAUUGAGCUGUUCAGGAGUACUGCUGCCGAGGUGCAACAGGUGCUGAACCGCUACAUGUCCACUCCUCUGAUCUCUACCUUGCCUCCACAAGCCAUUGUACCCGUGCCGGUCCUCACCUCGCCUUCCUACGUUCAAACGGCAAGCAGCACACGGGACUGUAUCCGCCUGCGGGGCCUGCCCUACACCGCUGCCAUUGAAGAUAUUCUGGAGUUCAUGGGCGAUCACGCCAUUGACAUCAAGCCCCAGGGGGUCCACAUGGUCCUUAACCAGCAGGGGCGUCCCUCGGGCGAUGCCUUUAUUCAAAUGAAAUCGUCUGAGAAGGCCUUUAUGGCAGCCCAGAAGUGCCAUAAGAAGACUAUGAAGGAUCGCUAUGUGGAGGUCUUCCAGUGCUCAGCAGAAGAGAUGAGCAUCGUCCUGAUGGGAGGAACCCUCAACCGCAGUGGCCUCUCCCCCCCACCCUGCAAACUGCCUUGUCUGUCCCCUGCCACAGCCUUUGCUCCCUUCCCUACUCCAACGGCCAUGCUCCCUGAGGCCGCCCUCUUCCAGCCUGCUUUACUGGCCACCCCCAGACCUCCCCAGCCUGCUACACACAGCCCUGCAGCCACUCUGGCCUACUAUGCCCCCCAGCCACACGUCUAUAUGAACAUGAACUACACUGCAUUCUACCCCAGUCCACCAGUUUCCCCCUCAACAGUUGGCUACUUUGCGGCCCCACCGGGUGCGAUGGCAGCAGCGGUUGCGGCGCAGCCCCACCCGGUCACUGCUGCUGCAUCUUCGAUAAUGCCCCAGCAGGGAGCCCUGGUCAGGAUGCAAGGCCUGCCCUACAACGCUGGCAUCAAAGACAUCCUCGGUUUCUUCCAGGGCUACCAGCUCCAGCCGGAUGCCAUUCUCAUCUUGUACAGCCUCAGUGGCCAGCGCAGCGGCGAGGCUCUGGUCACCUUCCCAAGUGAGGAGCUUGCCAGGCAGGCCGUGGUCGAGCUUUCCAACCACCCCUGCUUCGGCCAGCCUGUCCACCUGGUGUUAUGUACCUGACCGGCCCAACUUAUUUUUGACCUUUCAACCCUCUCUUCAUUCCAUUAGCUGCUACUACUGAAAGACAAGGCCACAGCCGUCUCCAGACAGUUACGCCAUGGAAAUCGGAAAGGCUUCAGUACUUCCCCUUGCUUCCUAACAGAAUGUUGUAAUAAGCUAUCAAAUGCUCUCCCUUUUUUCCCCUAAUCUGCUAUUUCUAAUCUUUACCCUGAUAUGUUUGGCCCUUAACACAACCCGAGCCAUUGUUUAAAGAGUAUGAACUUUGCCGUCGGCAUUUCGGCUUCUCACGUAAUGCUGAAAUAAUUAGUAAUCCUAUUCCAUCUUAAUGUUGGGUAUCUCUCCCCAAGGAUGAAAUGUUAGGGUAUUGUUACAUAUUUGCAGCUAGUAACCCAGAUAGCUUGUGGAGAACGGGCUGCCCGUGGUGCGACCUGGACACACAUUGUUCAUGGCUCCGGACAGACCAGCCCAGUCCACCUAUGUUUUUAUACAUUACGUCGUCGUUCAUUUGUUCAUGCAUAUUCAUCCACAACCCCUCAACAAAAAGCACAAAACCACUUCCACCCUCCAGUUUUUUGUUUCACUCUUAGCUGCCUUGUGGAAAAAAAUUUCCCCCCACAAAGAUGGGAUGGCAGCCUUUUGUGUGUGUGUGUGUGUGUGUGUGUGUGUGUGUGUGUGUGUGUGUGUGUGUGUGUGUGUGUGUGUGUGUGUGUGUGUGUGUGUGUGUGUGUGUGUGUGUAUCCUGGCUGCAAGCACAGCUGUGCGUAUCCAUGUGCUUUUGCUUAUAUUGAAUGAUGUGCCUAUAUUGCUGGGCUGCACAGUGUAGCAAAUAAAGAAAAAAGCCAUAUAGACUGCCUCAAAUGAUACUACUACUGAAUGGUUAAUGGAGCAAAUCCAAACGGGACUUUCCAAGUGGCCUGACUUGGUUUAGAACGAGGCCCGAGCCAUAGGGACUGUAAGUCACACAAGAGCAAUAUCAUGAAUGUGCCUUUUGACAACUUUUUUUUUUCCUGUAACGUUUUUUCCUGCUGUAAAAAGCACAUAUGCCAUAAUGCCGUCUUUUAUAGACCGUGUCUCAAGCACUGGAUUUCUUUUAUUGCGAUAAUCAUAAAAGAGUAUGAUCAUUUUGCAUGACCAACUGAUUCUUUUAAUAACCCGAUUUCUUCUCAGAACUGGAAAUGAUGUUGUUUAAAUGUGAAAGAGCUGAGUCAUAUCCCAAAAGCUUUUGUUUUGAAACGGUCAGCCUCAGCUAGCUCUCUUUAGUUAGUGUUUCCGGACUGUUGUGUACGGGAUCCGUCAGCGGCAUACUUUGAUCCUCUCCCCUUUUAGACCAGAACACUGUGUAAAUCCACACGAGUCCCUUCUGCUGUACCGGGGCUGCCAGUAACGUCUCUGGGUUUUCAUCUUCGCUGUGCCUACAUUACCCAGAGUGCAAUACGGGCCAAACUGAGGCUAGCUCAACCUCUGGUGGCAGAGAUGUUUUUUGUUUUUUUUUUGGAAACGAGUUUGAGACUUGAAUUAUUUGUAUAUGUCUGUAAACAAUAAAAAGUUG